GCCGGCGGAGAGUGACAGGAGGAGGCGGAGCGGGGCCGGGCCGGGCCGGGCCGGGCCGGGCGGGAGGGCAGACUAAUUACUGAUUGGACUUCAUGAACACAAAUUCCUGAGCCUGGUGAACUCCCCAGCGCCUCUGCUUUCCACCAUGGACCAGGAUUAUGAGAGACGUCUCUUACGCCAAAUCAACAUACAGAAUGAAAACACAAUGCCUUGUGUAGCAGAGAUGAGAAGAACCCUGACGCCUUCCAACUCUCCAAUGUCUUCUCCUAGUAAGCAUGGUGAUAGAUUCAUUCCCUCAAGAGCUGGGGCCAACUGGAGCAUCAACUUCCACAGAAUAAAUGAAAAUGAAAAAUCACCAAGUCAAAACAGAAAAGCAAAGGAUGCUACAUCAGACAACGGCAAAGAUGGCCUUGCUUACUCUGCCUUGCUGAAGAACGAACUCUUAGGAGCAGGGAUCGAGAAGGUGCAAGACCCGCAGACAGAGGACAGGAGGCUGCAGCCGUCCACCCCAGAGAAGAAGUCUCUCUUCACUUAUUCUCUCAGCACAAAACGCUCCAGUCCAGAUGAUGGCAAUGAGGUCUCACCGUAUUCCCUGUCUCCUGUCAGCAACAAAAGUCAGAAGCUGCUAAGAUCACCUCGAAAACCAACUCGGAAAAUCUCAAAGAUUCCUUUCAAAGUGCUGGAUGCCCCAGAGCUGCAGGAUGACUUCUACCUGAACUUGGUGGACUGGUCUUCUCUUAAUGUCCUCAGCGUUGGCCUUGGGACUUGUGUUUACCUAUGGAGUGCUUGUACUAGCCAGGUAACUCGACUGUGUGAUCUCUCUGUGGAAGGAGAUUCUGUAACAUCUGUGGGCUGGUCAGAACGGGGGAACUUGGUAGCCGUUGGCACUCACAAGGGCUUUGUACAAAUCUGGGAUGCAGCUGCAGGAAAAAAGCUCUCUAUGCUAGAGGGGCACACAGCCAGAGUUGGUGCCUUGGCGUGGAACGCGGACCAGCUGUCUUCUGGGAGUCGAGACAGGAUGAUCCUGCAGCGGGACAUCCGCACCCCACCCCUGCAGUCCGAGCGGCGGCUCCAGGGCCACAGGCAGGAGGUCUGUGGGCUCAAAUGGUCUACAGACCACCAGCUCCUGGCCUCUGGAGGAAAUGAUAAUAAGCUCCUUGUCUGGAAUCACUCUAGCCUGAGUCCCGUCCAACAAUACACAGAGCAUCUUGCCGCAGUAAAGGCAAUCGCCUGGUCUCCGCACCAGCACGGGCUCCUCGCCUCCGGUGGCGGCACAGCUGACCGCUGCAUACGCUUCUGGAACACGCUCACGGGGCAGCCGCUGCAGUGCAUCGACACCGGGUCGCAAGUGUGCAACCUGGCCUGGUCGAAGCACGCCAACGAGCUAGUGAGCACCCACGGAUACUCGCAGAACCAGAUCCUUGUCUGGAAAUACCCCUCGUUAACUCAAGUAGCAAAGCUAACGGGGCACUCGUACCGAGUCUUAUACCUGGCGAUGUCCCCAGAUGGGGAGGCCAUAGUUACAGGAGCUGGAGAUGAAACCUUGCGCUUCUGGAACGUCUUCAGUAAAACUCGCUCGACAAAGGAGUCUGUAUCCGUUCUCAACCUUUUCACCAGGAUACGAUAAACCCCAUAUACUGCAACCCAGGAGACUACAGCCUGACAUACCAGGAUAAAACCACUACCUUGGUGUGCAUGGAACCCCAAACGCUCAGCCAGAAGGGAGGGAGUGCCAGUGGGGCUGGAGGAUGGACCCAACGGGUGCUGAUUAAAUACGUGCUUGUGACCCACGCUGGGCAGCAUCUGGGGUGGGGUUGGGGAGGGGAGGGAACUGCCAAAGGUUUACGGAUUCAUCCUCCAUCAAGGGAAACGGGUACAAGAGAAAUCUUAAACCAGCAUCCUUCAAGCCUCGUGUUGUAUACUGGAGCGAACGUGUGACACGGCCAGUUGAGACCAGGCCCAGGCCCUCCCAGCUGCUGUGUCGUCCCCUCCCGGGAGAGAUGAGAGUAUCCUUGCCUCUGUGGGAAGGGGUUUAAUGUGCUGCUCUGGGUCCCUCUGUCCUGGGACGGACGGAUGGCUCAGGUGGGAGCCAGCCAGCCAAGAUCAACACCACUGGGGCAAGGGGCUGGACUUCUGGCUGGGCGUUAGCCUCUCUGGUUAUCUAAGGGCAUUGGUUAUAGCCUGGUAUCCCCAGUACAGGAAGAAACUGGAGAACUGCUUAUUUUUCUUCCCCCCCUCCCCCCCCUUUUUCUUUUUUCUUCUUUAUUUUUUCCCCAUUUUUUCUUUUUUUGGUACUAUAGUACUUGAUACAAUCAUUCCCAUAAGACAGCUUGAUUUUUGGCAAGGUUGACAGCUGCCCUCAAACAAAUACAUUUUUGGGCUCUAAACUUUGGAGGAGACUUGAAGAGGCUCCACCUCAGAGGGAGCACAUUCAGAAAGUUCUGAAAUUGCUAUUGCAUGUUCUGGGCUGAUCCUUUUAGUUAACAGAGAGGAAAAACAAUGGCUUAAAAAAAAAAAAAAAAAAAAAAAAGAAAGAAAAAAAUCAACCAACAACCACCAUGCAUGUGGAGCUUCCCACAGUGCCAUUUGUGGCAGGCUGGUUGCUCUGGAGUCUUCCUGAGGACAAAAGCAGUUGAGAUGUGUUUGAGAAACAAAACAACUCCUGUGGAUCUGUUUUUGGAGAGAGCAUGGCCUCUUCUGGCUGGAAGGGGGGAAACACCGCGUCUGGGUGAGAGGGGGGGGUUCUUUUUCUAAAGCAAGGAAGAAGUGUUGCUUUGUUUUUUAUCUCCAAGUCAAAGUCAGGGACCUGUUGUUGGGAUGUUUUGUUUUGUUGUUUUUUUUUUGGUUGGUUGGUUUUUGGUGCUUGAUUUUUUUGUUGUUGUUGUUCGGGGUUUUUUUUUAAAUUGUAUGGGAAGAGAGUGCCUGCUUGUGUGUUUGGAGCCUGUGUGAUGAGUGCUAUGGGAUGUGACGCAAAGCACUUGUGUGUAUGUGUUGCUUUUAAUUUAAAGAGAAGCUGUGGUGCUUGCAGCAGCCUGUUCCUGUCUUACUUUGUACACGUGCCAAUGCUCUCCCUGCCGUGCACCCGGCUCCUGCCUGCCUCGGGCCCUCUCCAGCGCACUGGGAUGUGUGUGCCCUUUCCCAUUCUCAUUUGGAUUUUCCUGGCUGUGUAUAUAGACCUUGACCUGUUCUUUGUAGAGUGCAUAGGCAAUUACUUUUCUCUCUCCUUUUUUCUUUUCUUUUUUUUUUUUUUCCCCCUCCUUCUUUCCCUGAAACCAGACGGUAGGGGUGGUGGGAUAGGAUUGUCUUCCCCCGGUGCCACCGGUGUCCUUAGGGCGAGCGUCUGGGGUGCAGGGAGGGCUGGUCGGGAGAAGGGCAGCGAGGUGCCGUCCUGUUCACGACAGCCUUGACCACGAGUGCCGUUACACCGGGGCCUGGCUCGGGCUCUUGGCUCUACCUCUGCGUGUGGCGGGGGGGCCUGGAGGCAUGGUGCCGGGGGCUCGCCGCUCGUUAGCGGGCUGGCAGCACGGCGUCUCCAGGGCCCAGACUGGCUGCUGCAUCGCUGUCUCACGGCUCUGCCUGACUCCCAAAACGUCAUUUCUGAAACACGGUUUCAACACGACGACUCCGUUGCAGGGGUUGCUGCAGGGGCCCGGGGCGGUGGGCUGCGCUGCGCCUGCCGCUCCGAGCUCCCCGCUCCCCCAGGGUCCGUCUGCACCCCGGCGUGCCCCGCGUGGGGACAGCCCCCUCCUUGCUUAGACCCCCAAAUCGUGCUCCUCCCUCGCGAGGGACUUUCACAAACCGCAGCUCUCGCCCUUCUCACUUUGGAGCCGCCUUGGGAGCGGGUUGGCUCAUUGCGGUUCCUCCUCGCCCUUGGCAGGGAGGGCCAGGGAUUUCCACGCCGUGGCUGGUCGGCCGCUGAGCGCAUUGGCUAACGAGCGUGGCGAGAACGAGCGGUUCCAAUCGCCGGAGCUGUUAAAGCAUGGUUUAACAGACUCCUUCCCCCCGCCCCGCUCGCAGGUGCCAAGGCAGGAGUGCCGUUCCCAGAAGUGCUCUCGGCAGGGCCCGGGCUGCGGCAGCGUGUGCGGGGGGGUGCGCGCCUGCGCCUGCGCCGGCUGGAGCGCGCUGCGGCCUGACCGACGGGGAAAAGCGCAGCUAAGGCAGGCUUGAGGUGUCGGUAUGUGACCCGCGAGCGCCCAGCCGUGCGGGUGGGGUGGGCGAAGGGUCCUCCCCGAGUUUGUGUGACUGUCUGCGACCUUGUGGCAUUGUUAUAUAUAUAUAUAUAUAUAUAAGGCAUCGUUGGGUGGAAAGAAAAAAAAAAAAAAAAAAAUAUACAGAGAGCGUUGUAACUUUUCCAUGUAAAGCAGUCUAACUGGCAUUAAACAAGUUGUGAAUUUA